AAUUCUGGGCCGUUCUGCUGUAUGGUAACUGAUGAUAAUAGACUAGAGUGUACAAACUGCACUGAGGAGCACGGCUAUAUUUGUGAAGUGAAUACUCCACUGAUCGACUUGACUUUUGCUCUCAGUGCUACUUCUCCUUCAUCUAAUAAUACUUUUGCAUUUAUGAAAAGCACAAUCUGCGCCAUUAUCGACCAGUAUGGCAUAAACAGAAUACGCUACAGCAUUUUUGUCUUCGGUUCUGAUGCCAUAAUAAAACUAGGUUUUGUCAACAUGCGAAGCAAAGACGCCUUAACCUCACACAUCGAUGAAAUCAAAAAAGCUUCUGGAUCUCCACUCUUGGUCAAAGCUCUAGAUCAAGUGAAAUCAGGAUUCCAACAGUUUUCUAAGGGUUCCAAGGCAAGUCGUGCUCUUGUUGUAAUUCUGGACGACAAGAUGGUCUUCAGUAACGAUGAUUUAAAUAAAGUGUUGAAAGAUUUAGAUAAUGAGCGAGUUUUCAUCGUUGGUGUUGGAGUUGGAAACUUAGUGAACGAGACAGAUUUGACAGCAAUUACGAAAGAUGAAGCACACAUACUAAGAGUUGGCUUAAAUAAAUCGGCAAAUGUCCUUGGAGGGGAAAUCAUGGAUGUUAUACAAAGUUACUUAAAAAAGGAAGUUUUACCGUCAUCUGUAGAGGAAUUAUUGCCUUCUACAGGACAGACACGAGCGACCCCCACUACAUCACUUGCGUCAGAAGUAACAGUAACAACAUCAACUAACAUUGGAAAAACAGAUACCUCAACGAUCAUAGCGUCUAAAACAUCCAGAAUGUCAAAGGAUUUAUCAGCGAGUGUCUCUCCAACGGAGACUGGUAAUAAUCAAGAGAAGAUGGUUGAAAAAUACUUGGAUAAGUUGAAUCAGUUAAACUUAAGUGACGAGAAUUCUCUCCAGGCUGCAGUCAAUGAGACAGAGAAAUUGCUUACAGUUUUCCAAAAAAUCGCAAGUAAAGAACGUUCAGGCGUAAAAGUGAAUUUGUUGCUAGCCGCUCAGCACCUUGAAUUGCUGGCUUCACAAUAUGCUGAGAAGCAUAUGUUGAAAAAUGGCAGCUACCACUCAACCACAAUACCCACUAAAGAACACCUAGUCAUGGAAGUUCAAACCAUUAAAGCAGGUCAUAAAAAGGAAGUGACGUUUCCUUCUGAGGAAUUUCAAGGUCAACCGUCAAGUGAUAAUAAUUUAUUACGUGAAAGGUUCAUUUUACCACCAAAACUUUUCGAAAAACAAGAAACUGUGGUACUUGGAAUAGCUUACCAAGACCUGCACAAGCUUCUUCCAGAUGAAUGCCAAUACCUUCUUGAUGGGAAGAAAAUGAUAAAUACUAAACUCCAAACACCAAUCAUAGCGUGUUCUCUCUUACCGGCCCCGCCACCAGUGCUGGCACAGAACAUUACUAUUUCAUUUACUUUACGAAAGUUUAUAAAACCCGAGGACAAGCCUUAUUGUGUAUUUUGGGACUUUGCCAUCAGGAGUCAGGUUAACGGCUCCUGGUCAAGCAAAGGAUGUUCCCUGAUUAAUAGAACAGACACCAAAGUUGUGUGCAGCUGCAAUCAUCUGACGAACUUUGCAAUUCUUAUGCAACUGGGAGAAGCCAAAAUUCCUCUCAAACAUCAGCUCGCAUUGCAAGUCAGUACAUUUGUCGGCUGUGGAUUGUCGCUUAUGGGUGAAGUGUUUACCAUCUUAACAUAUCUGGUUUUUAUGAAUCUGAAGCAAGAACAUAUUCAGAUACGAUUCAACCUUGUUGUGGCCAUAGCAGUGGCGCAAAUUCUUUUUCUGGCUGGAAUUGAUGCCACAUCAAAACAGGAAGCUUGUAUAUUCGUGGCAGUGUCUAUUCACUAUUUUUAUCUAGCCGGAUUUUCUUGGAUGCUCAUGGAGGGAGCCUACUUGUAUCUGAUGGUGGUUAAAGUAUACAACGCCGUCGUAAGAAUGAAGUUGCUGUAUGUUUUCUCCUGGGGAUUUCCUUUUCUAAUGGUGAUUUCAUCCAUUGUCAUCGCUUCUGGCUCUGCUGAGGGAAUAUCGGGCUACGUACAUGGUGACUUCUGCUGGGUUUCAUUUUCAAAUAGUUUAGUUUGGACCUUUGCCGCCCCAGUCCUCGUGGUUUGCCUGAUAAAUUCCUUCAUCCUUUGUCGGGUGGUGUAUGAGAUGACGAGAAUGCACUCUACGAAAGACACCUCUAACGUCAAACAGGGGUUAAAGGCAUGGGUGGUGCUGUUUCCUCUCCUAGGCCUGACCUGGGUAUUUGGAAUUUUUAGCAUUACAGCUGCCGGUGUGGUGUUCCAGUAUAUCUUCACCAUAUUUAACUCACUUCAGGGAUUCUUCAUUUUCGUCAUUCAUGUCCUGCGAAGCAGUGAUGUACGCGCUGCAUAUCUUCGCAAGAAACAGAAGUGGGACAAUUCUAAGAAUUCAACCUUCCCAAGCUCUCGUUCAGUGGCAGAAAACUCAAACGCUGGUUUGGAAAAGCAUGACAUGAAUAAAAUGCCUCUCAGAAAGGAGAGCCCUGAUCCAACCUUUAGACGACAUCAGGUGUCUCCCAUUAACUCGGACAGAAUAGACACAAGAGAAAGCUGCAUCACUCCUGUUGACGCAAAGUGAAGUAACUUUCAAAGUGAAUUCCUAAAGAGGAAAAGGAUGUUAUUUUAUUAACUUGUGGAGAAAAAAAAUUUUUUUUCACCAUUUUCUGAGUAUAAGUUCAUUAAAAAAUGAAAAAGUCACUAGGUAGGGAGACCUGAUGAGUUCAAGAUAAAUAUAGUAAUGCAUAUGUCUGGUUCGUUUAAGCUUCUUAUAUUAGCUAAGAGGACUCUGAUUAGUAAAACUCAAAUUGUGUCCAAUAAGUUGCAGGUUGACAGUAUAAUGUUUUCUUGGUUUAUUCGCAUUGAAUCUACUUGUAGUUACCAUGAACCUCCGCGAACUGGGAAAUUUGACUGUGUCUGCUCUGGAAGCAAACCGUGAGGUAGAAUGUAUAUCUGGCAUGGUACCGAAAUUUGUCGCUCGAUAAGUAAAGAUGAAGUUUAAGUUUUCCAAUAAUUUUGCAUUUUCCAAAUUAUUUCCAUUUUUAUAUUUCACAGUUAAGACUAAUAGUCUGCGGUAAGUGAUUCCAAGGAUUGAUCAUAUUUUGGAAAUAUAGCUCAUGUCCGUUCUAAAGAAUGUGUUUUGUUUUUCUUUGUUCUCUCACUAACUGAAAAGAUGUCACUAACACUGACAAUAGACAUUAUCAACUGAGUGUAAAUUGGCUACUGUAAAGAGUUUCAAAGCUGUCGUUUCGAGCGUUGGCCCUUCAUCAGAGCGAAUGGAGGAAUUGUGGGUUGUGUGUGUGUUUAUAAGUAGAAAAUGGAGCUACGCUAAUGGUGAGAAAAUGGUAACAAGAAAAAAGUUCCUUAUGUUUUUCUCGUUUUUGAAUUAAAUAUGUGGAUGUUGUGAAAAUGAA